AUGGCCGAGUACCUCUUACACGAAGGCCCAAUGGGGUACUCUAUCUUCAAGGUCUCUCAUCAACCUGAUACUGUCGGCAAUCGCUUGAAGGAAGUCCAAGACAGUGUGCAGGACCUUGCUCGGUUCGGCAAGAUGGUCGACCUCGUCAGUUUCUUACCAUUCGAGAGCGGAAAGCAAGCCCUCUCCGAACUCAACGACAUCUCUGAAGGCAUCGCAUCCGACUAUCUCAGGUCCUUUCUGGAACUCAAUUUGCCAAAGGCUGGAAAGAAGAACAAAGUCACGCUGGGAGUUUCAGACAAGAUUCUCGCUGGCAGCAUCAAGGCCGUCUUCCCCAACGUAGAGUGCCAAACGGGCGACACUUCAGAAGUUGUACAGGAUAUGCUCCGAGGGCUUAGAUUACACUCCGAGAAACUGCUCAAACAACUACGCGAAGGCGACACCGGCACUGCACAGCUCGGUUUAGGCCACGCAUACUCCAGAGCCAAAGUCAAGUUUUCCGUACAGAAGAAUGACAAUCACAUCAUUCAAGCCAUCGCAAUCCUCGACCAACUCGACAAAGCCAUCAACACGUUCUCCAUGCGAGUCCGUGAGUGGUACUCGUGGCAUUUUCCUGAGCUCAUCAAGAUUGUAUCGGAGAAUCACAAGUAUGCCAAGGUCGCACUGUUUGUCAAAGAUAAGAGGAUGCUGUCCCCUGAAAGUCUACACGACCUUGCUGCGGUCGUGGACGAUGACGAGGAGAUCGCAAAGAACAUAAUCGAUGCAGCGAAGACCAGCAUGGGGCAAGAAAUCUCGGUUUCGGACAUGGAGAAUGUUACCACCUUUGCGGAACGAGUGGUCAGUCUUGGCAACUACCGAAAGACUCUUCACAGCUACCUAGUUUCUAAGAUGGGCGUGGUUGCACCAAACCUUGCCGCUCUUAUUGGGGAAAUUGUGGGCGCGCGCUUAAUCUCUCAUGCUGGCAGUCUGACGAAUCUCUCAAAGUAUCCUGCCUCGACCGUUCAGAUCCUGGGAGCCGAGAAAGCGUUGUUCAGAGCGUUGAAGACCAAGGGCAACACACCGAAAUAUGGCCUCCUCUAUCAUUCAUCCUUUAUUGGGAGAGCUGGCCAGAAGAACAAGGGGAGGAUAUCGCGAUUUCUUGCCAACAAGUGUUCGAUCGCCUCAAGGAUUGACAACUUCUCCGAAACACCGUCCACGGUCUUUGGUCAGGCUUUGAAGAAACAAGUAGAGGAAAGGUUGGAGUUCUACUCAUCCGGUGCACAACCCACCAAAAACGAGGUCGCUAUGAAAGAUGCCAUGGACAGAGUUCUUGCGGACAUAGACAUUGAUGGACCCGAACAACCAGAUACCCAGAUGUUCGAUGUGGAGCCGAAGUCAGUUCAGAGCCAGGAGAAGAAGAAGAAGGACAAGAAGAAGGAGAAGAAGGAAAAGAAGGAGCAGUCUUCGAAGCCAGAGGAUAACGACAAGAGUGAGAAGAAGGAGAAGAAACGAAAAGCAAGUGAGCCCGACGAUGAGCGGAGCGAGAAGAAAAAGAAGAAGUCCAAGUCCAAGGAAUGA